AUGCCCAAAACAACUGAAAUCGUCGUUGCGCCGUGUCCAACAAGUCCAGACAGGAAACUCUCGCUACCGGCAAUCGCACCACCACUGGACACAAACGCGAACGCGAGCACGAACACACUCCCAACAAGAUCAGCCUCAUUCUCUACAAUGCCUAAUGAAAUAGAUGCCAGACAUGUCCUGAAAUCUCAUCAUCAACUCAAAAUGUACAAAAUUUUUAAACAAAAUUUGUCAAAGAGAAGCAACAACACUAACAACGAUAGCAACAACACUUCCAACAAAAUCAACUCAACCACUAACAACAACAACAAUGGAGGUUUCAUAAGUGAAGAUGCCAACAGUUUUUAUCUUGAGGCUAACUUGAUAGACGCAGUUGAUGAAAUAUCCAUUAUUGGCUUUCGUCAUUGCGUCGACACGAAUCGCUCCCUGCUGAACAGACUCAUGUGGAUCACCCUCCUCCUCACCGGAUUCUCCCUGGCAGUUUACCAAAUCAACGACCGCAUCGCUCAUUACUUUGAAUACCCAACCAGCACCGAAAUUGAUGUCGUCCCAUCACAAAAUAUGACCUUCCCUCGCGUGACUAUCUGCAACGAUAAUUUUAUAAAGUUGUCUGGCGCUCAGGCUUUGGGUAAGUUAACCCAAAAUUUAGAAUCGUUUUUAUUCACAAACUUUGGAAAACGUAAAGGCCUGGUGAGUUAUUAUAGGCAGUUCAUGAGUCCUUUUGUCAUCGGGCCUGUCGUUCAAAGCGGAAUGAAGAACCACAUUCCUAAGUUGACUAACCAAACGGAAAUAAUUGAAAAGAUGAAGUUUUUAUCACCUGGCAUGGAGCAGUUUGUAUCUUGUUUUUGGAAUGGAAUGCCGUGCCCAAACGAUUUCGUGCACAUGGAAUUCACAAACCUUGGCCAUUGUCUCUUUGUUAAUCCAAGAGAGAGGAAUUUGUAUGUGACUCGCCCUGGGGCAAUGUUUGGACUCAUGUUAUUUCUGGACGCCAACCAAUCUGACUACUUUGCUCAGCCGAGUCCGUCGGCUGGCUACAGGGUUUUGUUGCACGAGCCAAAUGAGCCACCUCGUAUGAUGGAGUUAGGGUUCAAAGUUCAUCUCGGUCAAGCAGUCAACGUGGACGUGUCCGUCACAAAUAUCACAAGACAGAGACCACCGUACGGAUCGUGCACUGAUGAAGAAGAUUACAACCAGGUGGAUUGCGAGUGGAAGUGCCUCAAUGAGGAGAUCGUCAAAAAUUGCAGCUGCAGGCCUAUUUAUAUGAAAGCGAUUGAUGACGAGUUGGUAUGCGAUUAUUACGAAGAAAGAAGUUGCGCCGAAGUGGUCACCGAUGAAUUCUACCUUAAAAAAUCCAGCGGAGAGAUUUCUUGCUCCUGCCCUCCAGUCUGCAAUGAAAUAACCUACCAGGCUUUUGUCACCGCGUCAUCCUUUUCGAAAAAAUAUUUUGGCUACUCGAACGAAACUGCAGACUUUUCUUACAUCAUGGAUAAUAAUAUAUUUCUGUCAAUAUAUAUAAGCAGUAUGCAGUACACAAAGCUGGUGUCGACAGAGGGAUAUUCAACAACUGCUCUGCUGAGUGAUCUCGGUGGCGCGCUCGGUCUCAUCUUGGGUUCAACUUUCCUUACUGUCGUUGAAAUUGUUGAGUUGAUAAUGGAUCUGAUUGUUUAUGGCUAUGCGAAGAAAAAAGAAUUUUUGAACAGUUACAAGAAAAAUGAUGGAUUUGAUCCAACUGCUGUUGUCCUGAAACCCUUCAGAAAAGUUUUUGAGAAGCGAAAUAAAAGUGAAGAAAAGAUAUAUCCAUAUGAGGUUGAUGCUCAGUGA